AUGUGUACAUGUAGAUGGGACAGGCAAGCAACGUUUCUCUUUGGUUCCUUCUGGUUCUUCCUUUCAGAGCAAUCCAUUAAUAUUGUGAAGGAGCUGAAAGACGUUGAGGUGAUUGAGCCAGCGGAAGCCAGGUUUGAGUGUGAGAUCUCCAUUCAGUCGGUGAAGCCUCCCAAGUGGUCCUUACGUGGGGAGGUCCUCCAAGCCAGCAAGGACAUUUUGAUAGAGCAAGAAGGGAAGAUCCACCGCCUGAUCUUGAGAAAGACUGACGUGGACAUGACCGGCACCAUCCAGCUUGCCAUUGGCAAAUCCAAAUCCUCAGCCAACCUGGUUGUGAAAGAUCUCCAAGUGACCAUUACCCGGCAGCUGGAGGACAAGGUGGUGAUGGAAACCCACUCGGUGGUCCUCUCUUGUGACUUCAAGCCUUCCCCAAAGACGGUGGAGUGGUACAGAGACCAUACCCUCAUCGAGGCCUCCGACAGGUUUAAGAUCAAGAGGGAGAAAUACUCGGCGGAGCUCAAAAUCCUGAAGCUGAAUGUCGGCGAUUCUGGUGUUUACAAAUGCAAAGCUGGAAGCACGGAAACCAAAGCCACGCUGACUGUUUUAGAGCGCAAGGUGGAGAUCACCAAACACUUGCAGGAUGUGGAAAUCGAGGAGGAGAGCUGUGCGGCCUUCUCCUGUGAACUGUCUGAAGACACUGAAGAUGUGGAAUGGUUCCUCAACGACACACAUCUCUUUCCCAACAACUUCAAUGAGAUCAAGAGCCUGGGCAAGAUUCACAGCCUGACGCUAAAACACGUCAUGCCAGAAGACUCGGGGACAGUGACCGUCAAGGUGCAUAAGAAGGUCUCCGAGAGCGCACGGCUGAAGGUGAAAG